AUGCCGACAGGACCCUUCUUUAUUUUGGUAUUUAUAUGGACUUUGCUGCUUCGUACUACUACUACUGGACAACUCCUGCCACAAAAUGCUCCUUCUCCGGAGUUGAUUUCUGAUCUUUUUCAAAAUGCCCCACCGUUAAUUCAAGCUGCAUUACGCAACGUUGGAUUGAGGCAGAAUAAUACUCCACGCAAACAAAGCAACAGACCUUUUCCAUACUAUGUAACCAACGGUGAUGAUGGUGAGCUACGUCCACCUACACAGUUUCAAACAAACAGUGCUUCUGUAGCUUCACACUCAAAAGUGUUACAAGUUCAACAGAUACGAAAGCCACGCCCUCAUCCUUCAAGACCUCAACGUGUGCAGGUACUGUCACCUGAAGAAUUGUUGGUCAGUGAUGCUCAUUCUUAUCAACCACAAACGUCUGCCAGACCUGACCUAAUCGGAGGCCGGUAUCUAAACAGCAAUAGACCAAACAGAGACGAACAAACUUACGCCCAUCUUACAAGAGUGUCCUUCCCCCCACAAGGUAGCGCUUCUCGACCUCAGUUUCUUCAGCCACCAGAAUAUCAGAAAUCUCAACAAUACCUCUUUCAUGAUACUGAAGUUUCUCAGCCUGUUACUCGGUCCUCCGUUAGCAUUCGACGCCCUUACCAAGUCCAACGAAGACCAUCCUUGACGUCAUCACACAGUGUCGGUUCUUCCGUUGGUUCUCCGAACCCUCCAUUGGUGAUUCCGCAAAACAUUAGACAUCCACAGUAUGAGUAUGGAUUUGUUCCGAUCUCGGAGAAUGAGGUGGCAAAAGGUUCAUCUGAAGCAACUGGAUUAGAGUCAUUCCCAGAAGGUACUCUUUCUGAAGGCCCUCUACGGCCCCCAAAGACUUUGGAUCAUCCACAGGAAGAAUUCGACAACAGUGUUAUCGCUUCAGUAACGAGUAACAACCCGGCUGAAACCGGAAGAGAGCAAUCUAACUCAGUUGAAGUAGAUUGUGGAGGAAGUAAGGACCUGGGCUGGUGUGAUCUGCAAGAAAAAUACCCUAGGAAAAACAUAGAGCAGAUUAUACGACAGUGUGAUGACGAAAUAAGUCGGAUGUAUGUGAAGGUGCCUGACAGUCUGGAAGAGCUGGGAGACAACGCCCCCUUCGGUUAUUUUUAUAACUACACUAGACAAGGAAACGAAAGAGGAAGUAAACAGGCAUGGUCAUGGGCAGGUUAUGCUUACCAUAAGAAGGCUCUGUGCGAGACGGUUCCUCGUAUAAUCCGGCCUGGAUUAGCUCAUGACACAUCUGGGAAGUGGUUUAUUAUAGUUCAGUCGGACAAAUACCCUCAGAGAGUUCCCGUCGAAAUAUGUAGCUCUCCAGGUGACGUCUGCAGCAACAUCGCCGACUGUGGUAGAAAAUCCCGCUGUGUUCAGAGAUAUAACUACCAACUGUUGAUCAGUAUCGAUCCAGAUCUUCCAGAUAUUUGUCCUUUUAUGAGAUUGUUUAAAUUCCCAUCGUCUUGUGUUUGUCAUGUAGAAGUGGAAAACGGAGUUGAUCAGUGAAGACGGUAGCUAUAAUUACGAAACACUAAAUGAACAAACAACAAACUGUAAAAUAUUAUACAAGUGAGUGAGGUAUAUCGUCGUUGUUAAACAACUCCAUUAUAUACAUAUAAAUCACAAUAUUGUUAUUCUUUACUUUUUAAUAUUAUUUAUGAGACGAUUUCUAUUUGA